AUGCUUCCGCCACACGUCAUUAGCAAUCCUGAUCCUGCUAACUCUUCGAAUGCUAUUCCUGUUUCUUUACCAGCAAAAACACGGCAAAAACAAUAUUCCAGUGUUCUAUCGAAUAAAAAAGGUCAAUUAAAAAUUGAACGUCUACGUUCGUCAGUGGAGUUAAUAAUUGAAAAACAUUCUAUUUCAAGAACAUCUAUUAAAUAUGAUUUACAAGACAAUUCUUUGAAACAACACAUUAACAAUGAAGCAAAUAGAUAUUCAUUUCAAAUAACACAUUUGACGGUAAAGAACCCGAACGAGAAACAACAACAAUUGGAUGACAUUUUAAUGGAUGAACAAAUGAACUCAAAUUUAGAGGGUGAGGGUGUGAGUCAAGAAGCAUACCGUGAUCGCGAUUUCGACCUUGCUCAAGGGUCUCAUCAGACGGCUUAUUUGUAUAUAGAUUCUAUUCUAAUGAUCCGUAGAUCACAAAUAAGACAUUUAUAUCCAAUAGAUCUAUAA